GGAGAGGAAAAUGAAACAAAAUGGACGGACUUUUUAUACGUACUUGACACGAAAUGAAAUGUAACUUAACUUUGGAUAACUCAUAAGAUAUGGCCUGAAUUUCAGGCACUUAUCAGAGGCCGCAUCUCAAAUUUGAAGCGGAGCUUAAAAUUGGCGUCUAAUGUUGAGGCAGCCGUCUUUAGUUUCAGAAACGCGUUUGAAGACGAUGAUCUGUCCACAUAUUGCGUUGAUAAGAAAAAUAUACUUGAUAGAAAUGGACGACAAAAAACAGUGCGACGAAUGUAAUCAAAAGGCUUCAGAUCUUUGGCUGUGUAUGCAAAAGUGUUGUUCAUUUGUUGGUUGUGGUGAAAAAGUAGGAAACCAUGUCAAAAGUCAUCAUGAGAAAACCAAUCAUGCAGUGUAUCUCAGCAAGGAAAACAAGGGUAUAUGGUGUUUUGGUUGUGGUGUUAGUUUAGACGAGGUACAAUUGGAUGUAUCCGAGGACGCUGUGCAAUAUAAAUCAAUGGAAGAAGAGCUGGAUAAUGAUGAUAAUGUAUCAGAGGAAAUGGAGGAAGAAGCGGCGAUGAUCGACAAGGACUAUUUCGAUGGUUUCGAGAAAGGAAUGAAGCCUAGAGGCUUGACUGGCUUGAAAAAUAUUGGCAACACGUGCUAUAUGAAUUCUGCUCUUCAAGCUUUAUCAAACAGUCCGUCUUUGAUGCAGUUUUUUCUCGACUGCUCAAGCUAUGUGAAAAGCAAUCGUCAAGCCAAUUUAUCGGAGGUCUACGCUGCUCUCGUUAGUGACAUGUGGUCGAAGAAAAGACCGACCUGCGUUACACCAUCUGACUUUAUGGGCUGCUUUCAACGAUUGAAUCCUCAAUUUCGUGGUUAUAGACAACAGGAUACGCAAGAGUUCUUGCGCGUACUUAUGGAUCUUCUCCAUGAAGAGAUGAAAGAACCGAUGCCACCAGAAGACAUAAAACCAGAAAUUCCAUUACGCAAACUGACGAAAAGGAUGUCUUCAAGAUCGAAGAGAUUACUCGGUGGACAGACGAUAGUUGAGAAACAUAACACAGGUAGAGUACAAAACGGUGGACGAAAGACGCGUGGAUUUCCUUACCUGAGAAACAGACGCAAAGAAGCGUCAAAGUCAAUUUCAACUACGACGACUACGAAUCAGAAUGUGGAAAAAACCAGACCUUUAUCACCGGAGAGGUUUCUGAGAAACACGAAUAGCUGUCCGGAACUGCGCAAAGCGAUGUCACGUGAUGACAUAAACAGUGCCAGCUUUGAGCCACGCAUCUCUUUGGGAGUUGUCAACAUGGCUUCUGAUGACUUUAGCAUCAGCGGUAACCGUAAAGGUGCUGGGUUGAGUUUGGAAAGAUCAAUUUCUGACUCUGAAAUCUAUUGCCACAGAACGGCGGGAUUCCGCGGGGAAUCAAAGGACACGUCAGACCAAAAACGACCACCACCUGUCGAGUACGCAAGCGUGAUAUCAGAUUUAUUCAACGGCAAGAUAAGAAGCUCCGUUCAAUGUCUCACUUGUAAAAAGAUUUCAUCAACUAUGGAAACAUUCCAGGACUUAUCGUUAUCAAUUCCAGGGAAAGAGGAGAUUUCAGUCAUACAUUCGAGUGCUCAGUGUAAUCCAAUAUCACGUGACUCUCCAACCGUUUCCGGUGAAAAAGGAUUUUUCAGAAGUUUAUUUGAUUGGUUUGCAAGCUGGAUAUAUGGUCCCCGUGUUUCCUUUGAAGACUGCCUUGCCGCUUUUUUCUCUGCUGACGAACUCAAAGGCGACAAUAUGUAUCGUUGUGAACAUUGCUCGAUGCUCAGAAAUGGCAUGAAACAAUGCAGAGUAUACAAACUUCCCGAGAUGUUAUGUAUUCAUCUCAAACGCUUUCGACAUGAGUAUUUUAGUUCAUCUAAAAUUAGCAGUUUUAUAUCCUUUCCUCUUGAAGCUUUGGACGUCAAGAAAUAUUUGACCAGCGAUUUCGCGGGAGAGUGUUCAAAGUACGAUCUCGUUGCUGUUAUUUCACAUUAUGGAAGUGUUGGAGGCGGCCAUUACGUUGCCUGCUGUAAGAAUUUCAUCACGGGUAAAUGGUACGAAUUCAACGAUUCUAAGGUUUCUGAAGUUUCCGAAAGUUAUGUACAAAGCUGCGAAGCUUACGUCCUUUUUUACAGAAAACGAGGUGAAAAUAUCAUCAAGUAUCGACAAAAGUUUUUCAGACUAACAAAAUCUAACGAGGGAAAACCAACGACGCAUUACGUAUCAAAGAAAUGGUUAACGAUGUUUUAUACAUGUGCCGAACCUGGUCCAAUUGCGAACGGCAGUUUUUUAUGUAAACAUGGAAAGAUCGAACCCAACAAGUUACAUUUAAAAGACCUGUUGAAACCUCUACAAUCAGCAUGUUGGCUUUAUUUAUUAAAAAAAUUUGGAGGAGGUCCAGAAAUUACGAAUUUGGACGUAUGUGCUGUUUGCGAGAAUGAGCUGAAAGAAUUGGAGCAACGUCGAAGGUAUGAACUCAAAACAUGGAAAGAAAAGUUAGAUGAUAGCAAAAGCUCUUCGCCGCAAUGUUACAUCAGUAUGAAAUGGUUCAAAGAAUGGAAGAGUUUUGUUGAUGGCAAUUGUAAAGAUCCACCUGGACCCAUUUAUAAUCACAAAACUGGGCAACAAAGAAAACAAGUUCCUAAAAGUGUUUGGAACUUCCUCUUUUCGAUAUAUGGUGGUAGUCAUGUGUUACCUUUUCAAGAAAACUGAAUGAAGCAUUCUUUUUCUUAAUCACAAUUUAUGCAAUUCAUAAAGAUAUACACACAUUAUCAAUGAGUCAUUGCUACAUAAAAAUAAAUAUAUUACUAAGAGUAGCAAUAUAUUUACAUACAGUCAUAUAAAUUUUCCAUUCUCAAUACAAAAUAUAGCAAGUGCACAGACAUAGCUUAGAGCUAGUAUAUCAAAUUGAACUUUACACUUCCACUAAAUGGAAGCAUCGUCUAUUUCUGUAUUUCCAAAUUUAGAUGCAGCAAAUGUUAUGUAUUCGUAAGCACAUUCAAAAUUCAAAUGCUUUCACAAUACACUUACAUAAAAUUAUGAAUAUGAUUAACAGCAAAAAAUUAUUUUAAAACACAGUUUGUGUGUAUUAAGACCAGACUAAACAUUAAACUAUCCACUCACCUCAAAA